AUGACCUCCUUUGUGCCGACUCAGGCUCUUGUAGAGCAGUACCACCGUGAUGGGUACUUGUUGCUCCGAGCGGAGGAACACGGUCUUGUUGACCCGAAAGAGUUGCAGCUGUGGACGAAAGAGGUCAAAGAGUGGCCCGCCGCGAAGGGGAAAUGGAUGCCGUAUCACGAGGUGAAUGUUAGUGGAGAACGACAGUUGAUGAGGACGGAGAACUUUGUCGAUUACCACCCCGAGUUUAAAGAGCUGUUGUGUGGUGAUGCGAUCGCGCAGAUACUGAAGACCAUUUCUGGAGAAGAUAUGCUCCUGUUCAAGGACAAGAUCAAUUACAAGCUUCCCUUUGGAAAUGGGUUCGCUGCACAUCUCGAUGCUCCUGCAUAUGACCAUAUCGGCAGGAUUGAACAUUUGACGGCCAACUUCUCCGUUGACGAAGCCACGCCAGAGAACGGGUGUAUCGAAGUUGUCCCAGGGUCCCAUAAGAUGGACGUUGAGCUGUCACACGGAGGCGCCAUUUCUCAAGCGUGGCAAGAUGGCCACGAGUGGACCAAAGUCCCACUGCAUCCGGGUGAUGUGCUGUUGUUCGGAAGUCACCUUGCACAUCGGAGCGGGCCCAAUCGAACAAACACCAGCAGAAGCAUGAUCUAUGCGACUUACCAUGGGAAGAGUGACGGGGAGAAUCUCCGACAGCAAUAUUACAAGCAUAGAAGGGAGAAUUUCCCCCCUGAUAGCGAACGCGUCGAAGGUAAGGACUAUUCUCAGGGGUACAAGACAUAUGGAUUCGCGGCGCCUUUUAUGUCGGAAAAGCAAGUUGAGCAGGAGAAGACGAGGGUGCAGACUGUUCAUUGA